CCGGAGCGGCCGCCACCCGCCCGGCGGGGCGGUGCGGAGCGGAGCGGCCGCGGGAGGAGCGGAGCGCGGCGGCUGCCGCUGCCUGGAUGCCAGAAGCGCCUCUGGAGCCAGCGGCCGGCGGCACCCGGGAGGGCCCGGGAGGGGAGGAGGAGGAGAAGGCGACGGCGGCGGCGGAGGACUCCGAGCGCGGAGAGGAGGAAGCAGGCAGCGCUUGCCAUGGCCUCCAACUUUAACGAUAUAGUCAAGCAGGGCUACGUAAAAAUCCGCAGCAGGAAGCUGGGGAUUUUUAGACGUUGUUGGUUGGUUUUCAAGAAGGCUUCCAGUAAAGGACCCAGGAGGCUAGAAAAAUUUCCAGAUGAGAAGGCAGCAUAUUUCAGGAACUUCCACAAGGUAACUGAGCUGCACAAUAUCAAAAAUAUAACCAGAUUGCCUCGAGAGACAAAGAAGCAUGCAGUGGCAAUUAUCUUUCAUGAUGAGACAUCAAAGACAUUUGCGUGUGAGUCAGAGCUAGAGGCAGAGGAGUGGUGCAAGCAUCUUUGCAUGGAAUGUCUAGGGGCCAGGCUCAAUGAUAUAAGUCUUGGGGAACCAGAUUUGCUUGCUGCUGGAGUCCAGAGAGAACAAAAUGAACGAUUCAAUGUAUACCUUAUGCCUACACCAAAUUUAGAUAUCUAUGGGGAAUGUACAAUGCAGAUCACUCAUGAAAACAUCUAUCUCUGGGACAUCCACAAUGCCAAGGUCAAGCUGGUCAUGUGGCCUCUGAGCUCUUUGAGGAGAUAUGGACGUGACUCAACGUGGUUUACAUUUGAGUCUGGAAGGAUGUGUGACACAGGAGAAGGGCUGUUCACCUUUCAAACUCGAGAAGGAGAAAUGAUAUAUCAGAAGGUCCAUUCUGCAACACUGGCAAUAGCUGAGCAGCAUGAAAGAUUAAUGAUGGAAAUGGAGCAGAAGGCAAGGCUCCAGACCAGUCUGUCUGAACCAAUGACUUUAUCCAAGUCGAUCUCACUUCCUCGUAGUGCGUAUUGGCAUCACAUCACCCGGCAGAACAGCGUUGGAGAAAUCUACAGUUUACAAGGUCACAGCCUCGGCUCAGCGAAGGUGUCCCGGGCGCAGACAUUUCCCAGCUACCCGUCGGAGCAGGGUGAGGAGCACCAGCAGCCGCUGUCGCUGGCCAGCAGCUAUGCCUUCAGCUACGGCUCGGGGCUGGUGCAAUGACAGCCGGGGGCUGCUGGCCCACAUGGACAGCUGAGCCUGGAGCCUCCCGUCAGGACCGGGGAGCCGCUGGCCCCCUCUGCGCCCACCAUUUGCCGUGAAAACUGAUGCCUACCAGCUCCAGCCGGGGCGUCGCCAAUGCGGAAACCUGGAGAGGCGGCUUCCCCGAAGCAGAGGCUAAGUCUUUAUUUAUUUAUUUUGCCGUUCCUUUUGUCAAUAUGUUCAGAAAAGAGGGGUUUGGGGGGUUGGGGGAGGGAGGAAGGGGGACACGUCUGUGUUGUAAGAAAGUGGUGGAAACAAAUGAAACUGUGUUGGUUGGUGUGAAGGUUUCUGCAUGACCGGAGAAGGUCCCUUCUGGGGCUCCAUUGCAAUGGCGCGUUUGACGCUGGGGCCUUCCUUCCCGCCCCCACCAGAAGGACAGCCUGUCUUCACCCACAACCUCUGUAGGUCCUUGCCACAGCCUACAAUUCCCGCUGGAGGCACUGAAAUGUCACCUACUCAAGAUGCAGCAUCAGUGCUGCUAGGGUCACCUCCAGAUCUGAGUGGGCUCACUCACUGCCCUAGAGGGUGGUUGGGUGUUUUUUGAGCCACACACCAACAAAUAGUGGAGCAGCAGGCUGAUAUGUUUUGUUGGGAAUAGGGUUUGGUGCAUUAAGGUAAGGUUAUUGCCUGGUCCAGCUCUAAUCUUAAAUUCCUGGGGCACAAAUUCAUCCCUUACACGUGCAAUUUUCACCAUGCCCCUAGGAGCUGUGAACAUCCCUAUCAGCAGCAUAGUCUAGUCCUCAGAACGGCUGCAAAGUCUUCUUGUUCGCAAAUUAUUUAGGUAGCCAUGCCUGCAAGCCUAACUUUAAAAAGCGGGAAAACUGUUUUGUUUCAAACAAAAAAAAGUGGGCCACUUGCCCAGCUGGCAACCGCCUGUGCCACGGCUGGGCCAGACAUGGUAGAGCUGAGCUCUGGUCUUGUCUUUCUGGUCAGCGUUACUUUGAUUUUCUGUGUUUCCUUCUCAGAUUUCUGUUCUAGAUGCACAUUGUAUCUUGUAUGAUCAUGUGUCAAGCAUCUGUUUACUCUCGAAAGGAGGAUGAAUACCUCUCAAUGGAAAUUUUCUGUCUUUGGAAGACGUCUUUAAAAAACGAACUGUAGUAGAUGUUUGUAAUCAGUAAUGAGGGAAUAAGUUGGAAGGCAUACCUGUAGGUGAGGAAUGAAUUUUAUCUAUCCUGAACAUUUAGAUUUUUGUAACUGUUAUCGAAUAUUUAUGUACUCCUUGUGAUGCCCUGAAAUGUUUGAAAUUGUGAGGAGAAAAAUUUGCCCUCUUGUUUGUAUGAUCUGAGGAGCCUUGUGUUCUGUUCCCAGAGUGAAACUAUUGCCAUGAUUACCAGAGGGAUUCAGUUCAUUGGUUGUUUCUCAGGACGGGUUGAGGAAAUGUACCAAGGAGGAUACACAUAGACUCUUUUCCAAUGAAACAAUCGGGUUUAUGUACUAUAAUUUAACUGAAAAAAUGCUGUUGGGUUGUUUUAUAUAUGCACAUUAUAUAUAUACAUAUAUAUAUAUAUGUAUUAAAAGGUAUGGAAGAAACUUCUGCUUUUGAUUAAACAUUUAAUGAUACAGUAUGAUCAGCUUUUCUCCAACCAUUUUCCUGGCUGAGACCUUGCAGACUUAGAGCUUUCAGUGAACGGCUGCUGAAUAAAAAAGCUUUGUGAUCCACUUGAAUGAAACAGUUCUACCCCACCACAAUCACCUUUAUUUAUUUUUUCCCGUUUUUCCUUGUCUCAUUCACUACCUCUUUUCCUUCUCACAGUGCUGCCAUACUCAGGAAUAGAAUGGCUCCCUGCAGAGAGUAUUUUGAUGAGCUAAAAUGAAAAACUGCUCUCCCACGCUGUCAGGGCACUGUACCUAUGGUGCUCUCAGAGCUGUACCCAUCAAGGAAGCUUCAUUCACACUUUCAAUUAAGAAAAAGAUUCAGUUGACAUUUUGCUUAGGGAAAAAAUUCCAAUUUUCAAACUUUAAAUGUGAAAUUUGAUACAAAACAAUAAUGGUGUGAUUCUGUUACUCAGUGCAGCUUUGCCAAAUAUUUGCCUUUUGGGGAAAUGGCCAGUUAUUUUUAUUCCUUUGCAACUGAGAUUCAUUCACUUGCCCUAAAAUUAUGUAUAUUUUCUUUGAAACUCCUUAGAUUAAGUUUUCAAUAUGUCCUACAGUUUUCAAUGCUGUGUCCAAGUAACUUUCUUCCUCUGUGACUAAAAUACUAGUCAUUUAAUAAUUACAUAUUUUACACAACCCAAAACGGGGAAAAGGCAAAGCAGAAGCACAUAACUGCUUUCUAGUUCCAGUGUCCAUAUACUUUAAGAACCUAUCUAAUUCCUCAGCCUAGUACUUCAACUGUAUUUCUAUCAAAAGCAUAAGGUCUAUAUAAUGUUCUUUUUUCAUUUUCUGGGGAACACUUGCUGUUUGUGGCUCUGUCUUCCUAUGCAGUACCUGAGUAUUGCCAAGUUAAUGAAAAUGUAGAUGCUAUUUUCAAAGAAAACACACAAAAAAGGGAGGGAAGGGGGCAUUAUAGCAGUUUUGGCUAUAUAUAUGGCCAUACAUAGCAGUUUUACUAAAUAUUUUCCUUUCAUUGCAUAAUGCAACCAUCUUCUCAACUCAUACAUUUAUAAAAUAUCUGUGAGGUCUCCCUCCUACAAUACACAGAAAAUUGAACAAAGCUACAGAACACAACCAAUCUAUAGCAAAUCUGACCAGUUGGGAAUCUAUUUCUUGUAGAGACCAAAUAUAAGCACACUAGAGUUUGAAAAUGAGGAUGCAACUUUGCAAUGUAACACAGCCUAAGACAACUGGUAACCUGAAGCACAAAAGUAUUCAGGAGCCAGUGGAUGCUGCCUUUAGUGCCACUCCAGAACAGCAGAUGAUAUCACUGUAACACUGAUGUAUUCACACAGCUUCCACAAAUGUUCCUCAGAAAAGCUCCAUGAGAACCAGGCAGACACUGUGACAGCAGUGUGCCAGAAAAUUCUGUUUUCAUGGAAUUGCUUUAAUUCCUAGCAUAUGCCUGAUGAUAACCUAAGUGAUGGCCACUGAGACUACUUUGUACAGCUCCCAGUGCUUCCACCAGAAGGAAAACUCUCUUUUGGAACACAUGGUAGAGCUGCCUGCCUAGAGACUACAGAGGCCUUUAAAUAGACCCAGGGACCCCAUGGGACCCUGUUCCAGUCUGGGCUUUCUUCCUGUGCAAGGCACACAGACUACUCCUGACCCAAGAGUUGCUCUCUGUUUUCAGCUAAUGAGCUGUGAAGGAAUGGAGGGCAACAAAAUGUCUUAAGUGGUAGCCAGGUGCAGCUGGUACAAAUGGAACCUAGCAUUAAUAUGUGAUAGAAGAAAUAAAAUAAGGCUUUUGCUUUUGUUUCUGUUUUGGAGGACAUGAUAUGAAUGUAUAAUUGUGACUGUGAUUUACUUUUUUUUUAAUCACCCUUUGAUAACAAUAUAUUCACCCCUAUGAACCAAUAACACAUGACAUUACUAAAUAUAGUUACUAAUAUGUCUUUACUGUGAAUAUUACAGAUUGAUGCAUGCUGGUACUUUUGAUUUUGAAGUCACGAUGCAGAAAAGGUGAAAUUGAAAGAGACUGCUAAUAAAUCAUGACAUGGUGCUAAGGAACUUGAAUAGUCCCAUUUUUUUAAACAGCCACCUGUCAUUAUUUCUAGUUUAAACCGUCUGUGAGUAUACUCCUUUGAAACAAUUUCAUCUGCCCAUGUAAAGGAAAAAGAAGAAUCUCUUGUAGCAGGGACUUUGAGGUUUUUCUGAGUAAAUAUUCAGACAUUACUUUUUGUGGCAGACAUGUGGUCACAUGUAUCAAGUUCUGUCCUUGAGAGGUUUUGCUAUGUUUGUUUUCUUCUUUUUUGGUUCCACAAAAGCUACAAGUAAAACUUGAAAAUGUAUUGACAAACCAAAGGAGUUUGUUGAGACAUUGACAAUGGCUGCUUUCUUUUGUUUUGUCAAAAGUCUACCAUGACAUUUUGGGAAAAAUAUUUCAUUCCACAAUACAUGUAUAGGAAUCCUGUUGGGAUGCAGAAAACUAUAAUCAAGUUUUGUUCUAAGUUAAUAAGACUUUGCUGGAAGAGGGGUUGAAAUUGAGUGUCUGAGGGCAAAAGUGUUUUAAAGUGCUCUCUAUAGCAAUAAUUUAAGUACAAAAUACAGCCUUCAGGCACCCAUUUAUUUAGAAGUUGCUAAAGUGCAGGCAAUCUGUGACGACCCUUACCUGCUUACGGCAAAGAGAAAAAAAGGUCAAUCGUUAAUCAUAUCUGUGUACUGCAUUUAUUAGAAAAGGAAUUAACUUCAUGCUUGUUCAGCUUUCCAGUCUAAAGGGCAACGCUAUGAGGAGUAGGGUUUUCUGAGAUAUUUGAUCUCUAGAACUGACAAAGACCAUCAGCCUGUAGCAUAUAAACCUCUGCUCAGACUUAGCUCACCAGCCACAUGUGCUAGUUUUCAUCUGGUAACCUAGAAACUGCAGGGUGGUUUUCCAUUAGAAAAUAUAACUGUCCUGAAUGGCUGUGCAUUUUAGCCUGAAAUAUAUAAUUAUUUACAAAAUACUAAAAAGGAAGGAGUAAUGAGUUCCAAUUAAUCUCUGCUUUAGUGUUUAACAUCAGUGUAUUUUGGCUCUUUUUUAUACCUGCUGCAAAGGAAUAAGUGUGGCUUUUAUCCACACACGGAAUGGAGUGAAUAGUGGAAAAAGUGUGAAAAGCUUCUCUUUGAUUAUGAGAAUAGAUCCAAAAGCACCAGAAAAUUUAAUUUUUCUAUCAUUCAAAUACCUGUGACUCUUUCCAAACACACUUAUUACACAACAGGAUAUAUUAGAAUUUUACAUUUUUAACCACAGAGAACUGGUGAAAAUGCCCAUCUGUGUUUUGUAAGUAGAAGGCAAUGACUGUGCAACACCACUGUAGUGACAUAACUUUAAAAUCAAAGGGCUGGAUAUAUGAAUUCUGCAGUAAUAAAUUCUUGCACUGCAUGAAGGGGGCUGUGUUUGUACUUGAUAUUAUAAAUAAAUGCUCUUCACUUUUUAUUUUUGAUAAAAAGGUGAGGUAUGUUGGAAACUAGGAUAAGCUUAUGGUGGAAUGAAAGAAACUACAAAGAAUAUUGACUCCCUUGUUGUAACAAGAAGUUUGUCUCCCUGUCCAGGUCCUUAAAAGACAGUAAAAGGUGAUGGGUAAAGGUCUUGUGUAUUCAGCAAUUAUUUAAAUUGCAUUGUGAUUAGAAACUGCUGGCAUAAUUAGAAUCUGCUGGCAAAGUGAUGCUAUUGAAGAAAAUGGAAGUUUCACUUUGCAAGGAUUUUACAAGCUUAUGCAGCUUGACAGAUUUUUACAGACACAAUUAAAACCCAUGAAAGUAACUGAGGUUUAAGUAUGAUUAAAUAUAAUUAAAGAAUUUGAAAAUGUCCAUAUUGUUAUGAAUAUUGCUAGCUGUAAUGGAGACAGUAUUUCCUUUUAAACUGAAUGCAAGCUCAAAAAGUAAUAGGCUCUCUAAUAUAAUGCAGUUAAUCUUUUUAAAAAUCACAUUUAAAGUGCCAAAGAAUUCAUUUCAUUGGGGUUUUUUGUUGUUUUGAUACAGAGAUCUUCAUGAGGUUCAACAGAUUUACUAUGUUUUCUUACAAGCCUGAAAUUGUCAAGUACAUUAAUGUAUUUUACAGUAAAUUUUUUCCUGUGAGAAUGUUUGACAUGAAUGAAGUUAAUUUUUAAUCAGCUGACACAUUGUUUUCAGUCUUUUUAAAAAAUUGUGUGAUAACAAGUCAGAGUCGGCAUAGAAAAUAGCACAAAAUUAAUUGGCUGGUUUGGCAAUUCCAUACCAAUAACCAAAAUAAGGGUUUCAGUUAAAAAUUUAUUUUCACCACUGCUCCUAUACUUAGAAUAAAUUACAUAAAAUAAAAUUUUCCUUGUGGAUGUUUGUUGUCACAUUUCCUGAGUUUCCACAGAUGACGGGCUGUGACAGGAGAUAUCCAGAACUGCUUUUUUGAAAUUGUUUUGAUUUAAGAUGGUUGAAAGGAAAAACAGAAAAUACAUGAAAAUAAGAAGUGUUAUGACUUCUUACCAAAGAAUGACACAUGCUCACCUUCUAUGUCUUUGAAAAUCAUCAUUAUAGAAAGGUAGAGAAAUUUAUGAAAGGAAGUGAAAAAUGUGGUAAGAAAUCAACAAAAAAUAAAACCAGAUUCUGUAAUCUUUGAAAAUAUUAGGAGAAAUUGGCAAACACUUAAGCACACAGCAGUGGGCCAUGUUGAGCACAAAACACUUUCCCAUAGCAUUCAACUCCUUCAUCAGGAGCUGGAAACAAUUUUGUGUGUUCAGUCUGAUUCACAGCUCUACAUUACUCUGUACAAAGCAUGAUGGGCUCAUUUUCCCUAACCUGGCUGGAAGAACCAAUUACCAGCCUGCCUGACAUGAAUUAUGCAAUACAGAAAAACAGUAUUUUGCACAACCCACUGCCAAUGUCAUCACACAACUUUGUGGAACUCACUGCAGCCAGGUGUUGUCAAAAGUAUGAUUUAGAAUAUUUCACAGCUCAUUGAAUUUUGGGUGAUAUCUUCCUUAAUGAGCCAUAAAAAUAUAUACAGAGGUGCUCAACCUUUUUGCCUCUAAUUGCAAAAUGUUCUGACAGAGUUCUGUAGGAAGGUUCCUCCCAUUCUAACAUUGUUAGGUAAAUUAUAGACAUUUCAAAGAAAAUAAUAAAUGUCUGGAAAAGAGUUUUAUUUCAGAGGGGAAAAAAGAGUAUUGAAGAUUAAUUUUAAUUAAUUUUCAUAAAGAUUAAUUUAAUUAUUAGAGAUUCAUUUUAAUACAUACAAAUAUUUCUAACAUACAUUCCUCUUUCCAAAUACACAUCAGCAUGAACAGAGAAAAGUAUUAAAGAAAAAAGAAAGAUACUGUGCUUUUGUUUAUAUCUUAGUAUGAUAACCUAUUGAUCACUUAAAUAAUUUUUUUUAAAUUUACUGGUUAAUGCUACAAAUUAAUUACUUAGUGUAACAAUCUAAUUGAAUAAACUGUUAAGACAGGUAUUAAAUACCCUUUAGAACCACUGACAUGCUUUUUUUGUAAAAUUACAAAGUUUCUUUUUAAGUAAGCAUAAGGUUAGAAGAAAUAUGUCAGCCAUGCUAGCAAUUCAUAUUAAUUAUAUUAUCUAACUAUACAGGCUAACAGUGCAGAUAGUGCGGAAAUAAUAUUUUGAAAUUUGUGUUAGAUACCUUUGUACAUUUCCUUUGAUAUUUCUAGCUCAAACAUUAUAUCCUAAUUAUAUGUAGGGAUAUAUAACUCUAUAGCAGAGAUAGUAAGGUUAAUCUACAGUUUAUAAAUCAAGCCUAAUCAGGGCCAAGAAGUUGGCUGCCACCAUGCCACGGGACUGACUAGAGCAGUGGCACUAAUCAGUCCUGUGGCAUGGUGGCAGCUGACCUCAGUAGUGUGGCAGCCUGCCCCAGUAGUAUCUGAGCACACACAGCUGAGGCUGUCUCAGUUUUCCUGAGGCUCCCCUGCUUUAAAGGCAAUGUUGGCAAACUCAUCACUCAUUUAUCCCUUGGUUAUCCAGAUGCUUGUCUUCUUCUCAUAACUCUCAAUGCAUUAUACUAUUAGAAAAGAAAAACAACAACAAAAAAGGUAUGGACAAAAGCAGAGACAAGCACCCUCUUGGUAGAAGAGUGUCCUACCAAGCCCUGCAGGAUCUUCUUCAUCCUAAAAAUAUGAGUUUUUUCUGUGCAGGAGCCCAGCUUCAGAGGGGAUAGAGCGUGCUUACUUGUCUGAUGCAGGCUGGGAGAGGACUGGGAAGGGUCUCCCAUUUCCUGAGUGAUUUCACAGGUAUGAUGCUGGAUGAACCAGCAUUUCAUAUGGCAGUGAAAAGCCUGGUCCAGUUUAGUGUUUGGAAGACUGCUGUGGGUCUCCAGGCUGGGGUGGAGCCAUUUGCCUGAGAUAUCAAAGGAGUAGUGAUCCCCUGAGCCCACACAAACCCUGACAGCACACGCCAGCAAGGCACAGCUGUGAAGGUGUGUCUUGUGCUCUAGCCUAACAGGGUUCUCCAGGAAUGUGUGCGUUUUGGAAAUAUUUUUUAUGUUGCCUUACUUACACCUUGAACAAUACAGUCUGAGAACUUGGCAGACAGCUUCUACUCCUGGGGUCUGCAGCCUAAAAGAACAUUUUAGCACCUAUCUUGUAGACAGAGGGGCUGGUUUUGGAAAUAACCUUUAGUGUCAGACUUAAAAAGCUGUUCAGAGGAUUAAUUCCUACUGAGCAUCUCAGCUUUGAAGGAAAUUGCACUAGGGAGUAGUCACUGAGGCAGAGUUUCAGCUUCUGUAAAUAAAUACCAUUGAUCUGGGUUUUCACAGAGCUCCAUAACAGAGUAUAUUUAAAGGAGCAUGAUGCACAUGAAAUUUUAAAGUAAAUUUGAAAAAUCAGAGUCCUGGUGCCCUGAUAUCUUUAUAAUUCCAAAAAUAAUAAUCAUGACCCUUAAAAAAAAAACAAAACCAAAAAACAAAAAAAAAACCACACAAAAAAGCACAGAAACAAACAAACAAAACAAAAAAAGCAAAGCACCCUAGAAAUGAAACCGGUAGUGAGAUCAUUCCUCUGAACAAUCCUCUGAAUAUUAAAUCUUUCCUUUUUCUGAAGGAGUGUUUCUUAUUUGGAAGUCUCAGGAGUAAACUAGCAAGUGCUGGUCCUCUCCUCCUGUCCCCUAGUCCUGGGACAAGACCUGGAGAGGAGGCAGGUGGUUAAGUUGCACAGUAUAGUUAGAACAAGCAUUCUUCAAACAGAGAAGGUGGGUGGGAAUUUAGGUCAGGUGAAGAUCAUAAAGAAGGUUAAUUGCUGAACUACCCUUCCAAAAGAGGGGGUGUCCAGCUUUUUGUGUUCCUUGGUGGGUCCAGCCCUUAAAACAGCCUGUUUCCUCACAUUGUUUUACCCCAAGACAAGGGAGAGCAGAAGACUAGCAGAAGGAGCAGUAUCAUUGAACUUAUUAGAGUCAGAGAAGUUCUUUAAGGUAAAGAAAUGUGUCUGAAAUUAAUAAAGAAAAUAACAGGUUCUAACUUUCACCUUCUUUCAUAUACUGUUUCUUUUUCGUCCUGUUGAUUCAAGCUCUGGUGACUGCUUUUCCUACAUUCAUUUUUCAAAGAGAUUUGAGUUUACACUCUUUAAAGACUUAGUUGUACUACUGAUUAUUGAAUAUCCCUUUGAAGACUGAAUUUAAACAUUUCCCUUUUUGACCCAAUGAAAAAGAUUAUUUUUAUUAUUAUGAAAAAUGUUUUACUUUUCUUUAAUCUCAUAUAUUCAUUUUCAAAUCACACAGAUGGUAGUUACCCUAGAGUACCCUUCAAUGUAUUCAAAACUCAUUUUUUUAAUGACAAUAUAUUUUAUUACAUUUAUUUCCUUUCAGCAAAGUUUCUAAGACCUUAAAAAACCCUCAGAACUAUUUUACAGUUUAGAUGGUAUGCUGAGCUAGUUGCUAUCCAUGGUUGUGUCAUUUUGCUUCAUUGAUUCUUUUUUCCUCCCUCUUAACUAUUUGAGCAAGUGAUGUAGCAUGAAACAGCACAGUAACUGUUUAACAUAAAAUUUCCAAAUUACAGUUGAUGGAGUUUAUUCAGAAGAAAUUUUUAAAAUUCCAAAAGGAAAGGACAAAUCUAUGGGAAAUAUUGAAACUAAGCAGCAAUAAACAAUGGUUUGUUUACGCUGGAAAGUCUAUUUACAUAAUCCAAACACCAAAUAUUGGGUCCCAACCUGCCAGACUCAUAAAAUAUUUAAAGAGUUAUAAUAUUGCAUUUCAAAUUGAGCUUUUGGAAGUUUCUCUUGUAUGUAUCUUGCUAGUUUUUAAACCAAUAAGAAUGUUGAUAAGUUUGGGGUUGUUUUCUUUUUGGUUUUAAUUUGUCACUUGUUCAGCUGCUGUUCACUGAUAUUACUAUGGUACAGAAAUGAAGCUGUUGUUUUGGGAUUGUUUUUUGAAAAAAAAUAACAUAUUGUUCUUAUUAUGCUAUGUGUGAUGUGAUUUACCCUGUGGAUUAUCCUACUGGUAGAACUAAUAUGUUUAUGGAAUUUGAAUUAAAACAGAUUACAUACCUGCAAAGGAGUGCACUAUAGAUUUUGUUUUGUCUUCAAAUCUCAAAAAUAAGCAAUUGUUUCAAAAAGACAAGCUGAAAGUACCAAGAAAAGAAAUAAGGGCAGUACCACAAAUAAUCAAAAGAAUCUGGUAUUCCAGAUAUUUAACCUCAACUUCUCCCCAUUUUUUACCCUCAGUAAAGCAGGGAUGUAUUCUGACGUUCUCUAAAAGCAGUAAAACAAUAUCAUCUUCUCAGCUUAUGGAUGUUUGUGUAUCAGGACUCCAGCUGAGACCUUCUGUGUAAUCAAAUCCAUUACAUUGUUAUUUUUGGCAUUUUACUAUCGGGGCAUCAUAAGAAAUGACCCAAUGCUACAAGGUUUCAUUUGUAAGGCUGUGCACAAGUUAGAAUUAUCUGCUAUGACAUUUGAUAACUCAGGAAAUAAACCAACUUGUUAGUAGUACAGUUCUGUGUAUCCUCAUCAAUUUCACAUUGAAGCAUUUGUAUACCUGAAAACCUUCAGCAAGUGAAAUUAAAAAAAAAAAAAAACAUUCAUUGCAACAUGUCCUUGUUCAGGAGUACAGAAAACCAAAAGAUGUUUUUAAUGGUAUAUGACAUUGUAAACAAUUUAAGUCUUCAGUGUAAUUUGAAAGGACACUUUAGUUUAGGAUUUUAGAUUUUUAGCUGAAGUGUAGGAUAACCACAUGACGCUCUUAUUGCUCAAAUAGUGAAGAAAAGCCUUGUGUCCAUCUUAUUCUCAGAAAAAACUAGGUUCCUAUUUUCCUGUGCACGUGAAGAAAGAUUUCCACUGGGGAAGGCUGUGCAAAAUGUGCUUUUCACUGUCAGGCUGUGAUGCCCUUCCUAGCCAGCCAAGCAGAACUGGUACCUUAUUUGUAGGCAGGUUCAUGAUGCCUCCACCACUAACCCCUUUCAAAAAAAACCCAAACAAAAACUCCAAACGCCAUAUCCAGCAACAUUUUUGCAUAUGUUUCAAGAGAAAAGUGGAAUCAGGCAUAGGUGGGCCAGGCACACAGUUUGCAGUAUGUUGACACAGAUGAUUAUCAGCUGUCAUGGUAACAACACACCUUCUCUUACUGGGAUUCUGUCCUCAGUAAUUCAGCGGAUUUGUAAAAGGCCAAAAGAUGCAUAGAUCCUAAUUCUCAGGUCUGCCUUCUAGUUCUGUUUUGUUUAAUGAUUUUUUUUGUCUGUUUGUUCAAUUUCUGUGUGAUUUCUUCUGUAGGUUUCGGCAGAAUAUAUACAUAUGCACACAUACAAAUACAUAUGUAUGUGUAUUGUUUUGUAAAUGUUCUCAGUCAUGCUUUCUUCUGCUUUGCACCAUUUACUCAUAUACCUUCCAUGUUCUCAUUUAUUUUUUGCUCAAUUAAACCUUACAAUAAAUUAUUAAAUAUAACCUGGCA